GACGCGGUGGGAAACUUAGUGGCAAUGUGCGGACAAAAUACCUGGCUUUCUGUAGAAUAUCUGAAGAAGUUGUGGAAAUGAAGCAUGAGCUAAGGGAGCUGCGAAAGCAUAUUUCUGGUCAAAAAAUCUUCGUCCAAGAUCUGAUGACUGGGGUUUGCCGUGAAUUGGAGGAGUGGGCAGGACCUAAUGGGAAAAUUGAUGAAUCCCAGGAAGACUCGGAAAUUUUGGAACUUCAAGAGCCCUUGCCAGAUGAAAUAGAUGACCACAAGAUGAUUUUCUUGGAUAAAUUUGAUGUUCUCUUGGCUGAACAUAAGGUUGAAGAAGCAUUAGAAGUUUUAGAUGCUGAAGAGAGAAACUAUCCAGAACUGAAGGGCUCCGCUGAAGCUUCAUCAGCUGAAGCGUCCUCGUUUAAGACUGCUUUCUUGAAAAGAAAGGCAGUGCUUGAGGAUCAGCUGGUUAAGAUUACUGAACAACCUUCAAUUGGUAUUCUCGAACUGAAGAAGGCCUUAUCUGGUUUAAUCAAACUUGGAAAGGGUCCCUUAGCUCACCAAUUGAUGUUGAGAUCUUAUGGGUCCCGUCUUCAAAGGAGCUUAGAGGCUUAUCUUCCUUCGUGUUCUGUAUGUCCCAAAGUAUUUCCAGCCACAAUAGCUAAGCUUGUUUUUUCGACAAUCUCACUGGCAGCAAAAGACUCUGGUACAAUAUUUGGUGAUAAUCCCGUAUUUACUAACAGAGUAGUUCAAUGGGCAGAGUGGAAGAUUGAAUUUUAUGUACGGCUGGUGAAGGAGAAUGCCCCACCUUCAGAAACAAUUUCUGCUUUACGUGCAGCCUGUGUUUGUGCUCAGGCAAGUCUUAACUACUGCUCAAUGUUGGAAUCACAAGGCAUGAAAUUGUCGAAGUUGCUUUUGGUACUCCUGCGACCAUACAUUGAGGAAGUCUUAGAGUUAAAUUUUAGACGGGCUCGAAAAAUGAUAUUCUACUUGGAGGAAAUUGAUGCAGGCUUGCCAUUGUCCCCUCACUUUAUAUCUCCAUUGUCUGAAAUUUCGGCGUUGUCAGAUAGUGUGCUUGUUGAUAGUGGAAUGCGAUUUAUGCACAUUGUCGAAGAUAUUUUGGAUCAGAUCACCCCCCUAGUUGUUUUGCAUUACGGAGGAAAUGUGUUAACUAGAAUUUCACACCUGUUUGAUAAAUACAUGGAUGCAUUAAAUAGAGCCCUACCAGGUACCUCAGAUGAUGACAAUCUUACAGAGCUGAAGGAGGUCAUACCUUUUAGAGCUGAGACAGAUUCAGAACAACUUGCGCUUUUAGGAAUAGCAUUUACAAUUACGGAUGAACUUUUACCAAAUAUUGUGUUGAAAGUUUGGAGUCCCAAGAAUGAGAACAAAGAACCAGGAGAUGGAAACUCUGCGCCUAAUGCAAGCACUACCCCUGAACUAAAAGAUUGGAAGCGCCAUGUUCAGCAUUCAUUUGACAAACUAAGAGAUCAUUUUUGUCUGCAAUAUGUUCUUAAUUUCAUUUAUUCAAGAGAAGGCAAAACACGAUUAGAGGGACAAAUUUAUAUAAGUGGAAAUGAAGAACAUUUACAAUGGGUAUCGGAGCCUCUGCCUUCACUUCCAUUUCAGGCAUUGUUUGCAAAGCUUCAGCAAUUGGCUAUUGUGGCUGGCGAUGUGCUCCUUGGAAAAGAGAAGUUGCAGAAAAUUUUGCUUGCUAGACUGACUGAAACAGUCGUGAUGUGGUUGUCUGAGGAAGAGGAAUUCUGGGGUGUUUUUGAGAAUGAAUCAUCUCCAGUUCAGCCACUUGGGCUGCAACAGCUCAUUCUUGAUAUGCACUUCACUGUUGAGAUUGCACGUUAUGCGGGUUAUCCAUCUCGCCAUGUUCACCAAAUUGCAUCUGCCAUAAUUGCCCGAGCAAUCAGGACCUUCUCCGCUAGAGGCAUAAACCCACAAAGUAGUGCACUUCCCGAGGAUGAAUGGUUUGUUGAAACUGCGAAGUCAGCCAUACAUAAACUUCUAUCUGGAGGUUCUGGGUCAGAAGUAUCUGAUAUUGAUGAUGAAGAACAUAUCAUCCUAAACGAAGACGAUGUCUCAGAUUCGGCCGACACUGUUUCUUCCGUCUCAACUGUAGAAUCCUUCGAAUCUUUCGCUUCUGCAAGUAUGGGUGAACUCGAGAGUCCACAUUUCACUGACCCUGAGGCUUAAAGUCUUCAAGUUUUGCAUUCUUGACAGCUGGAAAACGGAUGGUUUCUGGGGAUGAUUUUGAAUUCGAUGACAUGGGUUAGAUGUUGCUGAAAGUUGUACCAAUCAGAGGAUGAACAUAUUAGCAAAAUGUUGUGGUAGUAGUAGAUAAUGAAGAUGAGUAGUAUGUAUGUUGUAUUUAUGUAAAACUGUUGUAUCAAUGCAGAUUUCAAGUUUUUCA